UUUACAGACAUAUUGAGAAUUGGUCGGGCUUGCAGACGUUGAGCAGUGUGGACAUGGAGCUAUACACUGGCCUUCAGAGACUGAGCAUUGUGAACUGCAACCUACGUGGGAUUCAGUCGCGAGCGUUUGCGAAGAACCCUAACCUGCGUUACAUAAACUUGUCCAGGAAUCCCCUGACGACUCUUUCUUGGCAGCUUUUUCAGCAUCUUCAACUUUCAGAACUGAAGCUGGAAGGAGUCGUGUUUAACUGCAGCUGCCAAAUCCGCUGGAUCCAGCUGUGGCAGCAGAGAGGCGAGUCUGGACUCCAUAACCAGCAUUUGUACUGUAACAACGGCUUUUACAAGAUCCCCCUACACCUGAUGAACAUCUCUCAGUGUGAUAUACCAGAGAUGAGUGUAAGUCACAGUAACUUGACGGUGAUGGAAGGAGACACAAUCACAGUCACCUGUAAUGGUUCAGGGGUGCCGGUACCAGAAGUGGAUUGGACUGUAAAUGGACUUCACUCCAUUAAUACUCACCAAUCCAAUCAAUACCCACCGAAUGUCCACUCUAUCAACUUAACUCUGGUCAACGUCAGCCGGGAGGAUAACGGCUUCAUGCUGACCUGCAUUGCAGAGAAUAUAGUUGGGAUGACUAAUUCCUCCAUACAACUGUCAGUUCAAUAUCCUCCUGUCAUUAUAAGUUUCGAGGAACCCGAGAAAAGGCACGACACAUGUAUGCUCUUCACGGUGCGCGGGCAUCCCCUGCCCACCCUGCGGUGGUUUUAUAAGGGCAUGGAGUUGAAGCCAACCGACUACAUCCACCCAGAGAUGGUCGUCUAUCAGGACAAUCUGGAGGGAUGCCUUAAGUUUCAAAACCCCACCCACCACAACAAUGGCAACUACACACUAGAGGCCCGCAACUCUCUGGGUGUGGCUGUCAAAACCGUUUGUGCCCACUUCCUGAAGCCACCUUUUGCAGACUACUCAGAUUGUAACGACUCAGAUCAUGACUACAUAGAUUAUGUGAGUCCGGCUGUUCCAACCACAACACAUCGGCCCGAAGAGGACACAUUUGGUGUGUCGAUUGCGGUUGGCUUGGCUGGCUUUGCCUGUGUUCUCCUUGUCGUCAUGUUUGUGCUAAUCAACAAAUAUGGCAGGCGUUCAAAGUUUGGCAUGAAAGGACCAGUGGCUGUAAUCAGUGGAGAAGAAGACUCGGCCAGCCCUCUCCACCACGUCAACCAUGGCAUCAUAACCCCAUGCACCCUGGAUGCCGGGCCAGACGCCGUGGUGAUUGGCAUGACGCGCAUCCCAGUCAUAGAGAACCCGCAGUACUUCCGGCACGGGCCUAAUUGCAACAAGCCCACCACUUAUGUACAACACAUUAAGCGCAGAGACAUCGUGCUCAAGAGAGAACUUGGAGAGGGGGCUUUCGGGAAAGUGUUCCUGGCUGAGUGCUACAACCUAAGCCCCACUAAGGACAAAAUGCUAGUGGCUGUCAAGACCUUGAAGGACCCCACCCUUUCGGCGAGAAAAGAUUUCCAGCGAGAGGCCGAACUGCUGACUAACCUUCAGCAUGAACACAUAGUCAAGUUUUACGGUGUCUGCGUGGAUGGCGACCCCCUCAUCAUGGUCUUUGAGUACAUGAAGCACGGAGACCUCAACAAGUUCCUCAGAGCUCAUGGUCCGGACGCAAUGAUCCUGGUUGAUGGGCAGCCACUUCAGACCAAUGGAGAACUGGGUCUGUCUCAGAUGUUGCACAUAGCCACUCAGAUCGCAGCAGGGAUGGUCUACCUGGGAUCUCAGCACUUUGUACACCGCGACCUGGCAACACGAAACUGCCUGGUGGGCAACGGCCUUCUCGUGAAAAUCGGAGACUUCGGAAUGUCGAGGGAUAUCUACAGCACGGAUUACUAUCGGGUGGGAGGUCACACCAUGCUGCCCAUUCGCUGGAUGCCACCAGAAAGCAUCAUGUACAGGAAGUUCACGACAGAGAGUGACGUGUGGAGCUUCGGUGUUAUCCUCUGGGAGAUCUUCACCUAUGGAAAGCAGCCAUGGUUUCAGCUGGCAAAUAAUGAAGUAAUCGAAUGCAUCACACAAGGACGUGUACUGGAAAGGCCACGACUUUGUCCCAAGGAGGUGUACGACAUCAUGCUGGGGUGUUGGCAGAGGGAACCACAGCAGAGGUUGAACAUCAAAGACAUCCAGAAAAUUCUUUAUGCCAUGGGCAAAGCCACACCCGUCUACCUGGAUAUCCUGGGCUAGAGUUUGUUGGAAUACGUUUGUCUGUCUGCGCCAAUCCAAAAAAGAGGAACAACCUGGGAAUAACCCAAAACGACAUGUACCUUACUGCUUCACUGUCAGACACCUACAACCCGGGGAUGGACUUAAGUGCCUGCUACUUCUUUCGAUACACUGGAUAACAGUCUUUAAAAAGCACUUUUACAUUUUGUUUACCUGCAUAUAAAAUGUACAGACCUGCGGGAAGAAAAGGAGGCGUACGCUAUUUCGUUCUUUUCAUUUUGGUAAGAAGAGCCUACUUUUCGAUUCUAAGGAAAUCCCACCUAAAAUAUGGAAAACGAAGAAAGAUAUGUUUCCUGACUGCUUGAGAAAACUCCCCCUGUGGUUACUUGGUUUUCAUUUUAUAAAAAAAAUAUAUUUUUAUUUAUUUUAUUUCUCCGAGUGUGGACGUCUGCCAUGUUUUUCGCUAAGGUUUUGGAUAUGACCGCUCGCCGUUGCCACUUCAGAUAAUUGGCAAGGACUAGUUCGUGGAAAAGCCUUACUGCGUUCGGAUCGGACGGAUCUUCUCUUUGACUCUACUGGAAGUAUCCAACAGGGCUUUUAAAUACAAUGAGGAGCUUUUCGGUGAACGGAUUAACUUGAAGGAGCAAAGGAACCACCAAUCAAUACAAAGGAGUUUAUUUAAAAAAAUAAGAAUGUAUAUAAUGUAAAUUUCUGUGUCACAAGCGAGAGUAUGUUAAAUUAUUUCAUUUCCUGAUUAGAUGAUUUUAGUUCCUUGGCGUGCUGUUUAUGGUGAGUAAAUUCUAUAAAUAUUUUGAUAAUAUUUCAAUGUUUCAUUUUCCAUGUCCAUAGAAUGUAUGUCCACAUUUUAAUAUUUUUUUAUUUUUACCUCUUUUUUUUGGGAAUAUGUGACAAAAUGUGACCGAGAAGACUUGAGAAUGAAAUUUUCACAGAACAAACACAAACACCAUGACAGUAAAUAUCAUUGUCUCACUCCUUGUAUUCCAGAGACCAUUGGCUUUUGAAGUGACAGUUUUGGGAAAAGUAGAUUCCCAAGCAAGAAAUCCAGAAAAUACUCUCAUUUCAUUCAUUAGUUUUCAUCUCUUUUGUGAAUUAUGAUUGUGCUUCUUUAAAAAUCUAUCAUAAUGUCGUUUUAACACACACUCUGAGCAGUAAAUGUUUAGGCUAGCAUGCGCAAACUCAUAAAUUGCCAUUACAUCCCGUUGGUACUCUGGUAUUACAGUGUUUUCUAAAAAGUGACUAUUCAUAUACAAAAUUGCAUCAGGUAAAACUGCUGUAUUCUUUGCAACCGUCCCUUUGCUGUAUCUACAAAAUUAUUGUAUCCAUUAAUAGACUCUUUGAAUUGAGUGUGUAACAAAUGUCUGUGAAGGCUGCCAGGUGAUAUAUAUUCAUCUCAUAUAAAAGUUUAACAAUGGGAGACUUUGCAAACACAAUGUGAUAAUGUCAUUGUUUGCCAGAGAUGGAGCAUUAUUGAGACCAAAGGGCUUACUCAGAACUUUCUUUAUUCUGAAUUGACAAACGGCAGGAUUUUAUUUGGAGCGUCUCUUUAAAACUGCUUUUGCUAGCUCAUGUUUUUCAUUCAAGGUGAUGUAUGGCUCAGUAUUUAUCUGAUGAUGAAUCUGUAAUCAUUGCACAUGCACUCAGCCAGUUUAAGUCAGCUACGGCGGCACAAAUCUGCGGAAGUGAUUUGUGAGCACAAAAUCAGCAAUAUUUAAUAAAUUCGACCUGUAUUUUGCUUAACCAUUAGAAAGAAAUGUUAAAGAAACAAACAAAUUGUAUUUUUAUUGCAGUGCUAACUUUCCGCCAGAAUCACCCAAAAAAUGCAAACUGUCAAAAACUUUUCUCAACCGCUUAUCUGAAACCGGAACUUAAAUUACUGUUCUGUUGCAAUCUCCCCAUCACGAUUUGACAGAACACAUUUUUGCUUACCUAUAAUCUCAUUCUUCACAUCAGGAAAAGUUCCCGGUGUGGAGGAAGUGAGUCGAACAUUCGUUGAUCUUGUUUUGUUGUUUUUUCUGCUCCCCGCAGUGGCCGGAUAAUUCUCUCCACAUCUGUGACAAGAGGGAAAUUGUAAAAGUCUUUCCAUAACACCGACAGCUAUGUGUUUAUGUGUGAUAAGAUGCUUCUCAUUUUGAUAGCCUAUUCUUGUCGGCUGCGGGGCCCUGCUGUAGAUAUUCACUGACUUAACAAUUUUGCCCAUGUCGAGUGCACCAAGCUCUUUAUGCAAAAAAGCAACAGAAGAGAUUUAUCCCGGCUGACCAAAUGCCUGCCUUCCAAAUCUUGACGUUUAUGAAGUAAACAGGCCUGCCCUCUCCAGUAUCUACAUUCAGGACGAGCCCCCAAAUCAGACAAUAACAUUUACAAGAGACACAGUGCUUCUGCAAAACUCUUGUUUAUGUGGCAUACCAGAUUUUACCCAUCAGUCUUACUGCACAGUUGAGCGUUCAUGGUAAAUUAGGUUCUAAUUGGUAGGAAACAGACAAAAUGUCACUCUUGGCAAAGUCGACAGUUCCCAGAUUUGCUAUGCUGAAUGCAUUGUGGUUUAAAUCUAAAUAUGAAUAAUAUGGCAGCAUAAACAGUUGCCUAUUAUAUUUGAAUACUGGCUUAGUGAAAUAUGAUAAAGAAGCUCCCUAAAGCAGUAGCAUGCUCCAUGUCCAAUAUCUAGCACUAUUACAUUAAUUUAAUACUAAUGCAUUACAACAUUACAUUCAUGCAUCCAUUUUAUAGUUAGCCAGCCAUUUCGUUCUGUAAUUUUUCACUAAACAAAAUCGUUUUAUCCUUAUGUACCCCUGCCCCAUGUGCUUGUAGCUUGUAUCUUUAACAAUUCGAAUCAUCUACUUGCUUCCUAAAAAAGACUAGAGGUUGUGACUUACUGUUGUGAAUCGGUUGAGCUGGUGGCUCCAGAAGAUUGUUUGAGUCAUUGACUGUAUAACUGUGACUAACAGGGUUGAAAGAGUCAAACAUUUUCUCUGCGAUUGUUGUUCAAUGACCCGUGAAAGGUGGAUUAUACAAACGCAGAGAGGAGGGGCAGUGGGAGCCUGCAUCUAUAUCACCCGAAGCCGUCGGAGAACCGAGGCGAACUGAAUUAGUAAAUUCUGUAAAUGAAGUAAUGCGGGCCGCAGCUGGUUCAGAGAGGGGCAUCGGAGGAAGCGGUCUGACAGCAGGUUGAUGGUGCGACAGCCACAGGGGUUGCCGCGACUCUAAUGACUUCACCUCGCAGAAAUAGGUGGAAAUUACCAAUGAAAUGAGUUUUUGACCUGGGCUUUUAGAUAUCCCUUAAAUAUGAUGGCCAGUCUUGCGGUAAUCCCCCCGAGGCAGUGAAAAGUGUGGUUGUGUGUGAGAGAAGAGAGAAGGGUGGGAAAGAUGAAUCAGUGAAGGUCAAACACUAACAGAGGGAACGAAAGAGCCACAGCGCUGUCUGUUGGCAGGCUAACAAAGUUGAGUUAAGAAUUCAGAGCUGUGAGAGAGGCAGAAUCCCUCUCUCUCUCUUUUCUCCCACCCGAUGCCAUGGCAGUGAACAGGCGCAGGGCGAUUGAUGAGAGGUUUAAGACCUUAAUCAUGAGAAGAAGGAGCGAGGCAGGAAGCUGGAACAUUAUGGCUGGAAUGAGCUCUCUUUCAACACUUCAUAACCCAGCAGAAGGGCUGAAAUACCUCGCCACUGUCACGCUUCGCUGCUGAUCUCAGAUCAGCCUUCUCCUCAUCCAUUUAUCCUACCUUCUGCGGGCCCGGUUUACCAAGCAUUUAGCACAUUCAAGACUGCCUUACUGGGGCAAAACGAGGAAGAAAAAGUAUAAUUGGCCAAGCUCAGGCAAAAGCGCUAAAUCGAAUGCGUAAAUACCCAAAUUUGCAGACAGAAUGUUCUAACACGUCACAUUCAAACCUUUUUCUGAAUUACAGCCUUUGAUAUAUUUUUUCUGCGAGGCAAAACUAAUCCAGGCGUACCACCUUUAGAAACCAGUAACAACCCCAUCAAAUUAGCCAGGCGGUUUAAAAAACUCAUUUAGCACCUCAACACUUGAUUCGGCCAACUGGAGCAUUAAUCUUGGCGAGAUGCAGUCACGCUACAUAUCUUACUGAUUGAAUCUCUUUACCCAAAUUGUAGCAGCUGCAGAUCUUGAGCCUUCACCGUUGCACGCUUGAAAACAUACCUGCAGGAUAAAACUCUUCAUUGCCUUCAAAACAUUUAAUUAAAGAUCUAUAUCGGAUUUGAAACCCCUCUCUUAAAUUACAAAUGAGACUACCAGAACAAGUCCUUAUCUAUCUCUGGUGCGUUGCAGAUUAAGUACUCUUAAUGUACUCUGGAAAAAAACCUUUUGAAACCCACAGUUGCUCGUGCAUCAUUCCGCUGAUAAUAUGAAUGAUGACGCAUGACGAUGUGUACAUUUGAAGCAGUGAUAUGGCUCUAAUACCAAGCGAAAUCCCUUAGAAUGGACAAGCUGUGAUUUUAGCCCUUGACUCAGCUCACACUGCAGUUGCUGCUGCUCUGGGCACAUGGACAAGCAUGUGAAUCUUGUUACUUCAAAGUGCUUCAGAGAUCCAUAGUUCAUGCCGGCAGAUCUCCAGAGCAAAACUCGCUAUCAAGGACAACGUUUAACUCGUGGAAACCUGGCUGAAUGCAACUGCGGUUUUCUUUAACAGGGAAGUAAAAAAUAACUGCAGCAUUGGGACUUCAAAUGGAGAUGUCACCCGAGAGCAAUCUUCUGCAUCAUCAGCAGACUUUGACAUCUAGAUUAACCUUGCUCCUGUGAGUAUGCUGACCGGCACUCAUUCGGAUGCAAGAAGCAUUUUGGAUCUUCUCCAGAGUUUUCUGUGUGAACGGUAGAUGUAACUCUCUUCACCUUUCCCAAGCUCACCAGCAGCUUAGAGAUACACCAAAGGUUGUGACGUGUGGACACGUGAAGGCUUUAGUCUCUAUUUGUCUGCAGUCCUUUCCACAAAAGUGUUUUUCAUUUCCUAAUAGAGACUAAAGUCCAUUGUUCCGCUAAAGAAUACAUGUCAAUCUUAACAAAAGGGGAGUUUUGUUCGCAGCUCCUGCUCAAUCUCUUAAACGUAUUAUUCGACCUUGUUCCUCUUUGCUUAGACUCUGAGAAAGUUGUUUUACCGGGAUGAUUACUACAAGGCAGUUCUCUUUUCAAGUCAAAAGUUAUUUUGACCCGUAAUUGUUUCUUUCACUUGUGCCAGAUAAUAACCGGAACCCUGUUGGUCUAAGCUCAAUAUCUAAACGUUUGGAUUAUUAAUCCUCAGCCCUUGGGUCGGCCAAUUUUGUGAAAUAAACUGCCAGCUGCCAACUCAAUAUGGAGCCAAUAAGUCACUUUAUUUCGAAGUUGGAGCCAAGCUGCCAAGUUUGUUGCAACAUAUUGUGUUUUAAAGAAGUUUGAAUGAACCUUAGGUGGUUUGCCUGUGUUUAUAGCUGACAAAGACCACUUUAAUAAUCUUGAUAGCUAGUCGACACCACUAUGCCUACACCACUAACCCACUCUAGGCUUCUUAAGCUACUUUCAGAAGGGCUGUAAUUUUAAAGGCGUAACUCCCACAAAUCUUAACAAUGAUCAGAAGUUUUCGGAAUGAAAUGGCCAUGAGACUCAGGGAUGGCUCUCUUGCUGAAGGACCAACUGCAGAGAAACAGCUUUAAAUGUCCUCAUUAGCGCCACAGCUAACAGCAGAAAACCCCUGCAGGGUUAAGAGGGUGAUAGCAGUAACCUGCCCGUAGAAUAACCUAACUAAAUAUAGCAUCUUGAGAAGGAAACGCCACACUAAAUUCUGACUCACUCAACGCAGUCUACAAUUCCCUUCAAAGUGACAUUUUGGAUCACAGCAAACACACACAAGACCACCGCUACACAUGACACCACAGGUUUAAACCAGACUCUUGCAAACUAUCAUCUCACUGCAGCAUAUGAAGAUGACUGACUGAGUCACUGUUAAAGUGUGUCAUCUGACCUUUCAGUUUCGAUAAAAUCUCAAACUAUUACAGACCGAUGAUGGAGCUGACAUUACACUUCAUGAUGCAUUUAGCCUAUUUACCAUACAAUUAUGACAUUUAGCAUUCAGAUUUUUGAUGCAUCCCUUUCUCAAGUCACAAAGCCAGUAGUGAGGAAGAAAUGGUGAAGCCGGCUUUGUGUCAUCUUUUAUGCUUGUGCGCACAAUGCAAAUGUAAUAAUUUGCAACCAGAUAAAUACAUGUUGAUACUUACUGUACAUUCACACCGCCACCAGCGAGAGCAUCAAAAACGCUCUGGCUGCCCUGCCAACGAUGCUAUAGAAAAAGAGUAGUGGACGCUCGAAUGCAUUCUUUGGAAUCCUCUCACGCGGACAUUUCCGCCUUCCAGUUGGUUGCCGCCGAACCACGUCAUAGCUCAUUACCAUAAAGUUAAGCUCAUUUCUACUGUCCUCGACGCUUACACUGUGCAAGACGUGCUGCUGCUUGCCGGAGCUCGCUGCUGGCUCUCAUUAAAUAGGAAAUGAUUUCCGAAAACUUUUACGCCCUCUGCAGUGGUGGUGUGAACGUGUUACAUAUAGGCCAUUGUUUGUUGAGGGUGUUUGUUGACAGUAAGAGAAAAAAAGUUCAGGAAUAAUUAAUUGGCCUUAGAUCGUGGUAAAAGCGAUGUAUACAUGUGUUUUGGAAGCAGUAUUACUUUAAGCAACUUUACAGUCAUCUACCAUUCUAUUUAAUGCAGAGAUGUUUUAGGCAUAGUUUACAAGUAAGGAUCGAUUACAUGAACUGACUUUUUUGUAUGUUGAAGAGAGCUGAUACAAGGAGUGCGCCAUUAAUAAGUAUCUGAUUUUAUAACGUGUUAAUAAGAUUAGAUUUGUUUGAACUGGCUUGCUAGUUUAGCUUGUCAUUCUUUUAAAAGACAGAUACACUGUAAGAAUGCAGCAUGAAGUUAAAACAACUUAGUUUUGCAAGUCAAUUCAACCUACUAUUUUAAUUAGCCUUGUUAAUCCUGAUUUAUACUUCUAUUGCGUAGCCUGACGUGCACCUCUCAAAAAAUGUACUGUACACGUGUCAAUUCUACAUAGGAUGCAAGCGCUGUGAUUGGUCUGCUAGAACGCUCCCUGAUGUCAAAACAAUCUGUGUCGCAUUAAAAGUCAAAUCAUUGCAGAUGCUUCUCCAACAAUGUAGGCUGCAUCCCAAAUGGCGGAAUUCAUGUGACUAGCUAGGGUGACCAUACGUGCCAUUUUCCCGGCACACCUCCAGGACAGGAUUUCGGGUGCAUCUUCCGGAAGUCGUAUUUGUCGACCACAUCAUCAUAGAGGUUUAUUAUUUCAGAUUCUAUUUAAGAAAAGCAACCGUUACAUUUCAAUGUAAGAAUUAAACUACAAUGGUUGUAUAUGUUUUUAAAUGAAAUGUGAGAACCUUGAUGAAGUAUGCGGUCGACAAAUACGACUUCCGGAAGACGCACCCGAAAUGGCACGAAUGGUCACCUUAUGACUAGCGGUCUUGUGGACUCAAAGUGGCAAUGGGGCAAAGUAUCCGUUUAAGUCCACAAGACUGUAGGGUGUCCCAUUUGUCAUUUUAGGUUCGAAAAGAGUGCGCAUGGGUGCCCUUGAUGCAGUGUUAUGUAACAAAAGUGUGGACUUGUAGGAAGACUGGCGUGUUUAGGGUUCCAUUUUGGACAGGGCUGUACCGUACCCAACAAGCUACUGCUUCUUUGGCUUUUGCCUUGAUACUGUAGGUUACACCAGUAACAUGCCCGUGGACACUGUCUACUAGCGGUCUGCAUGUGUAAUUCCACGUUGACGCGAACAAUGACACAAAAGUUUAAAUGAAAACUGUACAUUCUUCACCUUGACUCAGCCAGUGGCAUUGGUUUCAGUAUUAACUCUUUCCCCACCAUUGCCAACUUGUCAAUUAAGAGAAAAUGCUUCCCUGUCAGUUACGAGUUUUUCCGGCAAUACAUAUUUCCGCCAUUGUCCAUGAGGUGGCACUUUUACCCACUUAUAAAACCUGGAAGUAUUUCUUUAGGGCAAACAGUUCAAACUCUGUGUAUGUUUUGAUAAUCACUCUGAAUCUGAUCUCUACUAAAAGUCCACAAAAACGCAAUUAUCUCAGCUUUUUGCUUAAAAUUUGGUAUAUUUGAAGAAAUCUAACCAUAUUUGAUUGUGAUAAAAAGAGAACAAAUAAAGGUAGGAUAAUUUUUUUUUUUAAAGCAGAGGGUUCUUUCAUUUGAUAUAUUGUAUGUUUAUAUAUUUAAAAUUAUUUAAAAUCAUUUGUUUUUCCAUCCCUCACAUGGACACAGAAGAUGUUUUUUUUAAAUCCAUCACAAUAUGGAAAGAUAAACAAACAACUGUACAAUCUUUGAUGUUGUAACUUGGAUCAGUUCUUAAAAUUGAUUUUCCAAAACGAAAACUGAUGAUUAAAUAUUGACAGUGUUCUUUCUUUCUUUUAUGAACUCCAUUAGAAACUCAUUGCAGGGAAUUUUCUUUUUGUAUCAAAACCAUUCAAAUCCCUCUAUUACUAAUACUGUAAAUCUUGUAAUGAAAGCCAUAAAUACAGUAGUUUGAUAUUUGAAGCCAUAUGAAGAAUGAAAGUAGAAAAAAUGUUUCAGGUGUAUGUACACAUACAUUCUGUUCUGUUCUGUCCACCUACACUGAGCUAAAUCCAAUUGAAAGUAGAAAAAUCCACAAUGGGAACAGACAUUUCAGUCCUUGUUUUAACAGCUAAACACGGCUAUAUUAAAGUCUGCAGGCAGCAGGGAUUGCACAGACAGUCUCUCAUCUAAAAAUCAUGCCUUUCCAUGUAUUGUUUUGUCCAUCUUUUCAUCUCUCAAACAUCCUGGCCCUCCAGGUAGUAGACGCAGUAGACAUCUUAUUGUCAGGUUGGCCGGGCUCUAGCGGAGAGCCGGGUCAGGGAUCUGGAAUCCAGGGAGAGGCGAUGGAAUGGUAAUCACAAAUGUAAUAGUACCCUGUGUUUGUAUUAACCUGUCACAGUGCGGGUGGAUUAUGGCGGAAGAGAAAUAUAUUACGACAGGGCUGUAUUGUUACAAAACAGCCUUGAAGCCGUUUUUCAAACGGACGCUUUCUUCAACAGCUUGUUGGUAUUGAUGUGAAACAGGUGGUACAGUAUAUACAAGGCUUAGGCGAGUCAUUAGCAAUAUUUGAACGUGUCAUUAUAAUUGUAAUAUUCAUCUUUCAACUAAUUUCUAAUAUAUUUCUCUUCCCGUGAAUUGUGUGUGAGACAAAUCUGUUGCAAUAUUAAACCAUGGGAGACAUGUAAGCUACACAUCUGUAUGCAUCUAUUUACAAAAGCGGUGUUUGAGGACAGCAGCCGGGCGAGUUGAGGAUCAAACGUCUUAAUAUUUAUGUGUGUGACGAGUGCUGAUAUUUUGUGUUUUCAUGCCAUCGCUCUGUGUACGGUUUAACUUUGUGACACCCUUCUGGCAACAACAGUAAUGUAUUUUCCAUCUGAGAAGUGUGCCGACUCGACGAUUUCUCUUGACUAUUUCUCUUAUCGUGUCCGAACCCUCGUUGGAAUGAUGAUGGACGAGGUGUGGGAAAAAAAUUCACGGUUCCUCUGUUUGUAUCUCAUCGUUAAUCCACCUGUGUUCUGUUUACUUCUCCAUCUAUAAACUAAAACAGCUGUAACUAACUAUGUAUCCUACGAUGAUUUAUGUAGACUUAUUCUAUAAAUAAACUGAAAAAAUACA